AUGUGGACACUAAAUGUUGUGUUUGUAUUGUUUGCGUGUGUUUGUGCUCUGGGAGCAGAAAUAGAGUCACCAAACGAAGCUAUCACAUCUAAACUGAAACAGGUGCUUACGGAAUCCACGUUUGAUGAUGAGACUAAUAAGAUUUGUAAUUGUCGUUGUGGAGAACGUAACGAAGCAUCGCGUAUAGUUGGAGGAGUGGAGUCAGCGGUAAACGAGUUCCCAUGGGUUGCGCGAUUGACUUACUUCAAAAAGUUCUAUUGUGGAGGCAUGCUCAUUAAUGACAGAUAUGUGAUGACAGCUGCCCAUUGCGUUAAAGGUUUGAUGUGGUUCAUGAUAAAGGUGACCCUGGGUGAACAUAACCGAUGCAAUGAAACUCAUAGGCCAAUCACUAGAUUUGUUGUCAACGUCGUGGCCCAUAACUUCACUUAUGUUGACUUUAGGAAUGACUUAGCUCUACUGAAGCUAAAUGAUAAGGUGGAAAUUACGGACACAGUCAAACCAGUAUGCUUACCACAUAAUGAUGAUAACGAAUACAUAGGAGUUAAAGCAAUAGCUGCAGGUUGGGGAUCGAUCGGCGAACAAAAAAAUCACUCCUGCCACCUUUUAGAAGUGGAAUUACCCGUUAUAAGUAACCAGGAGUGUAGGGAUACGAAAUACGAAACCGCUAUGAUUGCUGAUAAUAUGCUGUGUGCUGGAUAUCCAGCAGAAGGGAAUAGGGAUACUUGCCAGGGUGACAGUGGCGGGCCAUUGUCAGCGGAGAGAACGGAUAAACGAUACGAAUUAUUAGGCAUCGUCUCCUGGGGUAUUGGAUGCGGUAGGCGUGGUUAUCCCGGAGUGUACACCAGAGUGACAAAGUACUUGUAUUGGAUUAAGCAUCACGCACGCCAGGGCUGCUUCUGCAAAGACUAA